UAAUAUUAUUUCCAACAACCAUUCAAUAAGAAAACAACUUGAAAUCAAAUAUAAAAUGUUUUAUAUUUCCAAUUGCAAUAGAUGAUCAAGAGUUGAAGACUAAUCUUCUCACAUGUCAACCAUGUUAUCAUGAUCUAAAUCUCUAAUUUUGCCUUCAAUUUAAUCUCAUACACAUCUCAAAAUGACUUGAGCAGCUCCAAGAAACACAGUAUCAAUGAAAGCAAUGGUUAUGGCUCUGAUUUCUCUAUUUAUCUUCUCCUUAUUCUUCACUUCAAGUGGAGAAAUUUCAGAGCAACCUGGAGUAAACUAUGGACAACUAGGUAACAACCUUCCAACACCAACAGCCUCUGUGUCUCUCAUCAAAAACCUCAAAGCCAAACGGGUCAAAAUCUAUGACACAAAUCCAGAAAUCCUUAAAGCCCUCGAAAACACAGGACUCCAACUCCAAGUAUCAAUCAUGCUGCCAAAUCAACUCAUUACCAACAUAUCCUUAAACCAAACAUUCUCAAACCAAUGGAUCCAAUCAAACCUCGUACCAUUUUAUCCAAAAACGCUCAUUCGUUAUCUUCUCGUCGGUAAUGAACUCAUUUCCUCAACAACAAACCAAACAUGGCCUCACAUUGUACCUGCGAUGCGUCGAAUCAAACAUUCCUUAACUAUCUAUGGUUUGCAUAAAAUCAAAGUUGGAACCACUUCAGCAAUGGAUGUAUUACAAACUUCAUUUCCACCUUCAAAUGGAACAUUUAGAAAUGACAUUGCCUUUAGUGUUAUUAAACCCAUGUUGGAGUUCUUACAUGUUACCAACUCUUAUUUCUUCUUGGAUGUUUAUCCGUUUUUUGCUUGGACUUCAGAUCCUAUUAAUAUUAACUUGAAUUAUGCUCUUUUUGAAUCCAAUAACAUCACGGUUACGGAUUCAAAUACGGGUUUGGUUUAUACUAAUUUAUUUGAUCAAAUGGUGGAUGCGGUUUAUUUUGCAAUGGAGGGACUAGGGUUUCCGGGUAUUCGGAUCUUUAUUGCUGAAACGGGUUGGCCUAAUGGUGGCAACUUGGACCAACUCGGUGCGAAUAUUCACAAUGCUGCAACAUAUAACAGAAACUUUGUAAAGAAAGUUACAAAAAAACCUCAUAUAGGGACACCGGCUCGACCGGGUUUGGUUCUACCGUCAUUUAUAUUUGCUUUGUUUAAUGAAAACUUGAAAUCGGGUUUGGGGACAGAGCGUCACUUUGGGUUAUUAUACCCAAAUGGCUCAAAUAUUUACGAGAUCGACCUUUCUGGCAAAACUCUAGAGUCGGAGUUUAAGACAUUGCCACCGGCAGAGGAUUAUAAAGGGAAGGCGUGGUGUGUGGUGGCACAGGGAGCAAAUGAGACGGCGGUUGUGGAGGCAUUGUCAUACGCUUGCUCACAAGGUAACCAAACAUGUGAUUCGGUUCAACUCGGGAAACCGUGUUUUAAACCAGAUUCAGUGGUGGCUCAUGCUAGCUAUGCAUUUAGCUCCUAUUGGUCUCAGUUUAGACAUGUGGGUGGAACUUGUCAUUUCAACGGGCUUGCCACCCAAAUUGCAAAGGAUCCAAGUUAUGGAUCUUGCAAGUACCCAAGUGUGACCCUUUGAUGAAGCCACUGCCAAUCAGAUGGAAUCAGCAAAUUCAGUUUAUGUAUAUUAUUAUUGCUUCUCAUUUCGAGAAUAACAUUAAGAUGAUUAGAAACAAGAAUAAUAGUCUAUAAAGUUCAAUGGUUGAUUAGUUAAUCAUUGAAUGCUACUAUUUGAUA